AUGCUGCAGAACACAGGGAAGCUAGCUGGUGUCACUCUCUUCAUCACUGGUGCCAGUCGUGGUAUCGGUAAAGCCAUCGCUCUGAAGGCGGCAAGAGACGGAGCCAACAUCGUCAUCGCCGCCAAGACGGCGGAGGCCCACCCCAAACUGCCAGGAACCAUCUACACCGCGGCAGAGGAAGUUGAGGCGGCGGGGGGCAAGGCUCUCCCCUGUGUGGUUGACAUCAGGGACGAGCAGCAGAUCGGAAACGCCGUGAAGAAGGCUGUGGACACGUUUGGAGGCAUCGACAUCUUGGUGAAUAAUGCCAGUGCCAUCAGUUUAACCGGAACGUUAGAGACGCCCAUGAAGAAAGUGGACCUGAUGCUCGGGAUCAACCUGAGAGGAACCUACCUCACGUCUAAGCUGGUCCUUCCUCACCUGCUGAAGUCUCGGUUCACUCCUCACAUCCUGAACCUGUCUCCUCCUCUGAACCUCAACCCCAUGUGGUUCAAGAACCACACAGCGUACACCAUGGCCAAAUAUGGCAUGUCUAUGUGCGUCCUGGGGAUGGCCGAGGAGUUCAAAGGUCAGAUUGCUGUCAACGCACUAUGGCCCCGAACCGCGAUCCAGACUGCCGCCAUGGACAUGCUGGGCGGAGAGGGCGUGGGCAAACAGUGCCGUACGGCCGACAUCAUGGCGGACGCAGCGUACGCCGUGCUCCUCAAACCCGCGGCAUUCACUGGACACUUCCUCAUCGACGACGACGUGCUGCGAGCCGAGGGCAUCAAGGACUUCGACAAGUACGCUGUCCAGCCAGGACAUCCUCUUCUUCCUGACUUCUUCUUGGAUGAGACGUCUCCAGAGGGACUGGUCCAGACGAUGGAGGAACACGGAGCCACCCCCGCCUUUAAGCCCGCCUCCCAGGCUCCGGCCUCUUCCUCUGGACCAAUCGAAAGCACUUUUGACGUAAUUCGAGCGUCAAUCAACGAAGAUGUGGUCAAGUCUACAAAGGGACUGUACCGCUUCGACCUCACUGGGGAGAACAGUGGAGUCUGGUUCUUGGACCUGAAGUCUGGAGCAGGCAGCGCCGGAGCCGGGGAGCCGACUGAUAAAGCCGACGUCGUCAUGACGAUGGAUUCUGCCGACUUCAGCAAGAUGUUUGCAGGGAAGCUGAAGCCCACGCUGGCCUUCAUGUCGGGGAAGCUGAGGAUCAAAGGCGACAUGACGAUGGCCAUAAAACUGGAGAAACUCAUGUCAUGGAUGAACAAGGCCAAACUGUGA